CGUGGGGUUUAUCGUAAAUAAAGUUGUGAACUUUUGUGGUUUCUCUCUAGAGAAGAAGACAGAGGCAAGCAGUGGGGUUUAACAUGAGAAGCAGAGGAGGAGGGUUUUUGAAACAAAUUGGAACUCUUUACGCAUACUAUACAACUUAUCAAAUUCAAAAUGGGUUUCUUCAUUCGACUAUGGCGAAAACCCCUUUCUCCUUCAUCCGCCCAUACUCCACUGAAUUACAACCUCAACUUUCCACUGAUCUUAUUGGGAUUAUGGAACAAAGGCUGUCAGCGAUUGAACACAGGAGUGCUUAUCUUCAAGAUUUUAUAAACCGGCCAGAAGCCUCACCAGUGGAGUAUGCUAGGGCUAAUAAGGAGCUUCGGAAACUCAGAAGUUCAAUCGAACAUAUAACUGAGUUGAGGAAUAAACAGAAGGAGAUUGAUGGUUUGAAGUCACUCAUGGCCGAAUGUUCAGAAGAUAAAGACAUGCUUAACAUGGCAGCUGAGGAACUGGGUCAGGCCACAGAGGAAGAGAAAAGGCUGCAGAAUCUACUGCUAAAAUCAUUGCUUCCCAAGGAUGAAGCUGAUGAAAGGGACUGCAUUUUGGAGGUGAGAGCAGGGACCGGAGGAGAGGAGGCUUCUUUGUUUGCAAUGGACAUAUUUAAAAUGUAUGAGAAAUACUCACAGAAGAACGGUUGGAAGUUUGAAGUGGUAGAUAUAACUGAAUCUGAUCUUAAAGGAUAUAAGGAAGCUAGUGGAGCAAUCUCAGGAUCUGGUGUAUAUGGGAAGCUUAAAUUUGAGAGUGGAAUUCAUCGAGUUCAGCGAGUUCCAGUGACAGAGAAGUCAGGGCGUGUUCACACCAGUGCUGUGUCAGUUGCUAUCCUCCCUCAGGCUGAUGAGGUAGAUGUCCAGUUGAGGAAUGAAGAUUUGAGAAUUGAUACCUACCGAUCUGGUGGUUCAGGUGGUCAGCAUGCAAAUACUACAAACAGUGCUGUUAGGAUAACUCAUAUUCCAUCUGGGAUGACAGUUGCCAUACAAGAUGAACGAUCCCAGCAUAUGAACAAGGCCAAAGCACUGAAGGUGCUCUGUGCAAAGCUAUAUGAAAUAGAAAGGUCUAGAAUUCAGAAGGAUCGUUCGAAACUUCGUAUGGAGCAGAUUGGUAGUGGGGACAGAUCUGAGCGCAUCCGAACCUAUAACUUUCCCCAAGGGCGUGUCACUGAUCACCGUGUUGGCAUCACUCAUCAUUCAGUAAAUGAUGUGAUGCAGGGAGAGAAUCUGGAUGUUUUCAUAGAUGCUCUUCUUUUGCAGCAAGAGAUGGACGCAAUCGCAUCCUUCAGCUCCACCCAGUGAUGCCAUUUAAGGCCCAUGACCAUCUACCCCUUUCUCCUAAGGUGUUUCAAUUGCAAGCCAGAUCAUUUGAGUCUCAGUCUCCCAUAUUUUUUAGGCUCGGAAUUAUUGUAUUUUGUCCUAGCUUGUGGAAUCUGCCUACUAACUUUAACCGGAAAUUGAUGUGGGCACGGGUCCCAUUUAGAGCACUUUGCUGCAUAAUCAAUUGGGGCCCUCGUAUUGGUAAGAAAUAAAGCUAAUCCAAUUUACAUUCGUACCCAACUGUAAUUUUUUGUUGUCAUGAUUUAAGUCUAACUAGGGUUAGCAAAGUAAGAUACAAUUUGUUCAUUCGGUUUUAAUUUGAUAUAUUUUUCA